AUGGCAGGACUUGCGCUCGCCAUUGAGGCUGCCCAUGCCCACAAACUGAUUUCUCUCAUAAUCUUCGCGCUCAUAGCGCUGGGAUAUGUCAUCACUUAUCGUGUAUUCUUCCACCCUCUAUCUCGCUAUCCCGGCCCAUUCCUUGGGAAAUUUACAGAUUUCUAUUCUUUCUAUGGCGUCUACAAACAAAGCCGCACCAAGCUACAGUACGAAUUUCUACAGAAGUACGGGAGUCCAGUACGGGUGUCAACCAAUGAGCUGGUCUUUUCUGAUGUAAAGACCGUCAGUGAGAUUUAUGGUCAGAGUUCGACUAUACCAGAGAAGGAGAGAACAAUCUCCGAGGCUUUGAGUGCUACUGGAGAAGGGAGCCUUCUGAACACUGUGGAUAGAGUCCAGCAUGGCCGGAUACGCCGCCUUUUGUCUCAUGGAUUCUCACUACGAAGCCUCUUGGACUCAGAGCGUAUCAUUGCUGAAAAAAUUGAGCUUUAUGUCGAACUUGCGUUCAGACGCGGGGCUGGCGAGUCGGCAGCACCGCGGGACAUUUACAUAAAAACACAUGAGUUGUUUUUGGAUAUUAUCAGCCAACUAAGCUUUGAUCAAUCCUUCAACUGUCUCAGUGAUGCGAAGUCGACUGCUCUGCGGGAUGUUGACUCAUUUGGAAGGGUGGUACCGCCUCAGGCGUUCUUCCCUGGUUUUCGAUAUUUGCCUUUUGCAAGUAUUCGCGAAGGAUUUCGAGGCGUUUACCGACUCGAAGCUUUUGCAAGGGAUUGUGUGACCAGACAGAUGCAAAAUUCCAAGACCAGCCCAGACUCUGACUCAAUUCUGACCAACAUGUUCAAUGCCCAGGACGCGGAAUCGGGCUCUAAGCUUACUAUGGGGGAGAUUAUCGAGAACACUAUCAUCUUCCUAGUAGCAGGAACGAGCACAACAGCGGUGACUUUGUUAUAUUUGAUAUGGGAGUGUGGUCGCAGGCCUGAGAUUAUGAGGCGACUGACGGAGGAGAUCAGAGCGGCCUUCCCGAAUCCCGAUGAAUUGCCUACCUACGCAGAAGCAUCUAAACUGAAAUAUCUAUCUAACGUGGUUGACGAAACGCUACGAUUGUGGGGACCUCUCAAUACCGGGAUCCCUCGGAUCUCAACAGGCCGCAUGAUCGCAGGCGAGUACUUUCCAGCUGGCGUCGGCAUCUCCAACAAUCCUUACGCAACAGCGAGAGAUCCAGACGCCUUCCCAAACCCAGAAGAAUAUGAACCUGACAGAUGGAACAAUGCAUCAACGGAAAUGAGAUUAAUGUCAAGGCCAUUUAGUAUUGGACCAAGAAAUUGCAUUGGGCGGCAUCUAGCGCUUAUUGGACUAUAUGUGACUGUUACGAGGAUAUUCCAGCUGUUUGACGUUACCACAGACCCAAGCAUGACUGAAGAGAAAAUGAGGCAGAAAGAUCAGGGCGUGUUCUCACCAUGGGAUGAGACUUUGCUCGUUAGGGUGAAGCUGGCAAAUGUCUGA